CCUCAUUUGCUUUUUUUUCCACGAUUUUCCACACCUUCUUUCCUAACCUAAUUUCAAAAAUGGCUGUUACCCAAGCUUGCUGCUGUAUCCCUCCCGUUGAAUCCAACUACAAGCCCGUUGGUACUAUGGAAACCAUUGCCAACAUGUCCAACUACGUUGUUGGCCCCAAGGAUGCCAAGAAGCUCGUGGUGGUGAUUUAUGACAUCUUUGGCAUGCACAACAACACCAUGCAAUUCUGUGAUCGUCUUGCCCAACAAUGCGGUUUCAGAGUGGUGAUGCCGGACCUUCUCCACGGUGAUUACUGGUCCCACGAAAGAAUGGGUGAUAUGGACACUUUGGUUGCUUGGAUCACCCGCGUGGGUGCUUUGGAAGUGGUUGCUCCUGAACUCGCAGAAGUCAAGAAACAUUUGGAAUCGGAAGGUUUCUCUUCGGCUGGUAUCCUCGGCUUCUGCUGGGGUGCCAAGAUUGGUGUGGCUAUGGCUGCUGAGGACAGCUUCUACUCUGCUGCUACUAUGGUCCAUCCAUCCUUUGUCGAUGUCAAGGAUGCUGAAAAGGCCAACGCUCCUAUUUUGGCUCUUCCCAGCAAGGACGAACCUGACAUGACCGAAUACAUGAACGUUUUGCGUCAAAAGCCUUUCGGUGACAAGUGCGAACAUCAUCGAUUUGACGAUAUGCCUCACGGUUUUUGUGCCGCUCGUGGUGAUUACACUGAUGAACUCAACGUCAAGCGUGCCACCGAAGCUAUUCAAUUAACCGCCAACUUCUUCAACAAGUACGUCGGAGCCAAGAAUUAGCCUAUAUUUCCUUG